AUGUCUGUCAUCGCCACAACAGCACAGACCUCUAAAAACUACAAACAAGAAAUCAUCAGCAUAAAAAACAAAUCAGAAAACAAAUAUUGUGCUGAUUGUUUAGCAACAGAAACAGCAUGGGCUUCAACUAAUCUUGGUGUUUUUGUUUGUAUCAAUUGUUCGGGUGUUCACCGAUCAAUGGGAACACACAUUUCCAAAGUGAAAUCAGUUGAAUUGGAUGAAUGGAAUGAUGAAGAACAAUAUGAAGUAAUGAAUAGAGUAGGAAAUGUAGAAGCUAAUGCAUAUUGGGAAUGUAAUUUAUUUCCUUUUGAAAAACCAUCUGCUCACGACAAAAAAAAGUUUAUUACAGAUAAAUAUGUAAAAAAGUUGUACAUUCCAACUCUGGAAAAUGGUGAUUACAGACUCGAGAGAGAAUUUGAUAUUUCAUUAACAAGUAAAAAGGGAAAUGUUACCAAACAAGGGGCAAAGAGAAAGAACUGGAAGAAGAGAUGGUUCGUUCUUCAUGAUGACACACUUUCCUAUUAUAAGAGUCAAAAUGAUUCGUAUCCGGCUGGAAGUGUUAAAAUUGAAGUUGACAGUCUUGUCAUGUUUGUUGAUGAAUUUCAAAUUGGAAAAAAGAACUGUUUUGCUAUUGUAACAAAGAAUAGAAAUUAUUAUAUGGUUUGUGAUUUGGAGGAAGAAGUUAGUGAAUGGGUUUAUGCUCUUCGUGCAAGUGUUUAUUAUGCAAAUUUGAAAAAAGUUUACAAUGAUCCAAGAAAUUUCCUUCGUGGGGAUCAAGCAAAGAGAGUUGAAAAGAAGGGUGUUUUAAAGAAACAGGGAGGUAGUUUUAAGAGUAUCAAGACUAGAUUCUUUGUUUUGAAAGACAGUGCAUUGUCCUAUUAUAAGAGUGAAAAGGAAAUGGAACCAAUUGAUUCGAUUGAUUUGAAGGGAACUCGUGUGGAAGCAACUAAAAAUACCAAAUGUGGAAUUACUUUACACACUGUUGGGAGACAAUAUUUCUUCUUGGCCGAGUCUGAACGUGAUAGAGAGGAGUGGAUUGAUGCCAUUAAUAAUGUUACAAAAAUGUUGAAUGAAGGUGAAUUGAUUCAGAAAAAAUCGAUUGCCAUUCAUCAACUUAUUCUUAACAGAAUUAAGGAAGCCAAGAAGGAAAAGGCAAAUGACAUUUUGAGUGAACAAGUUUCUCCUCACUCUCCAAUGAUGUGGAAGAGUUUGUCUUUCCACAGAUGUAGAAAUCAAUUCUUGGAAAAGACUGAAAAUGUUGAAAAGAUCAACAAUGAAGGAAUUGCCAAUCCAGUUGACCGUUUGAGGAAACUCUACCAAGAAGGAAAACUCUCAAAGCUCUCUUCUGUACACGACGAUUCAGGAGAUAUGAGUGCUUCCAACCGUGUUUCAUUAAUGUUUCCAGAGGGAAUGAAAAACCUCACAAGCCAUGCCCAAGAUAUGGAUCUCACCUCUCAAAACAUGAGAGUUUCCCUCUUUGCACAUGCUUCUCCAAUGCAAAUUUCAACUUCACCAGGUUCUGCAAUCAUCUCUCCACCAAAUUCUCAAUCACCAAAUGGUGGUACAACCACUCCAGGUAGCAGCAACAGUUUGUCAUCUUAUAUGGGAAGCAGUUCUGAUGUCAAGAUUCAAGAUAUCAAAUUAUCUGACAAGGAGAAAAAGACAAAAAAGAUAAAGAAGGACAAGUUAAUGAUUGAACACGAAGCAUCCAAUGACGACGAUCAUGCAAUGGAAAUUAUGAUUAAGGACUCAUUCUCAGUUUCUAGAACUACCAAUCAAGUACGUGAAUCUGAUGAUUUGGACGAUUUGGAUGAUUUAAUUAAUCGUACUGAAAAUAUCAAACUAAACUAUGAAACUGAAUCAGGUACAGACGAUGAAACUGAUUCAUCUUCUGAUGGAAAGGGAGAAUUUACCUCAGUUUCACUCAAUACACCUUCAGAUAAUAGAAAAUCCAACAGUUCCAGAAGAAUAAUCGAAUCAGAUUCCGAUAAUUCUGACGAGGAAAUUUCACUCAACACCACAACAGUGAAACCAAAUUCUUCCAACAACUCAACGGUCAACUCUGGAAAGAUUAUCCUCAAAGAUCACCACUCUGAUUCAGAUUCAGAUUCUGAACAAGAUGAUGAGGAAGAACUUGUUGGAGCAACCUUCUCAGUCAAACCAACAAUUUCACUCCAGCAGUCAACCAACUCUGUUUCACUCAAUUCACCAGGAUCUAAUUUAUCAACACCAUCCACCAAAAUCAAAACAAGAAUAAGCAAAACAUCAGACAAGACCAAACGUGUUAAGAAGAAUCAAUCUACAUUCAGAAGAAUGCAUCGACUUGUUGAAGGUCAAUUAGAAACUUUGGGCAUUGAAAUUGAAUAAAGAAUUAAACUUUGUACUAU